AUGUCCGAUACAAAAUCUUCUCCCGCCUCAAGGAAGGCAAGCAACCCCACUCCUGCUGCUGCUGCUGCUGCUGCACCUGCUGCAGCAGCAGAGCCUGCACCAUCAACUGCAGCACCUGCAGCAUCAGAAUCUCCUGCUGCACCUUCCCCAGCAGCAGAGCCAACGAAGCCCCCCAAGUCCUCUCUUAGCGCUCGUUUUAGCGAGGCGAAGCUCGCAACAACCAUCAACAGCAGCAGCAGGAGCAGCAGCAGCAGCAAAAUACAAUCAAUGAAUUCCCCUAAGAUGGUCAGCAUGACCAGUGGUCAAUUCCUUGCUUAUAGGCAGCAGAGCAGCACCAACAGCUUGCUGCUGCCCAGCAAUUUCUUCCAAAGCCGAGCAGAGAUUCGCACUUGGGGAGAAGAGGAGCUCACAGACCCUUCUGUACAACCUUAUGAUGAAAAAAAUAUACCUCAUCCAUUUCAUACAAGUUUACCAGGUUAUCGUCCUUAUUUAUGCCGUUAUGUAGGUUUAGGGUUUGGGGGAGGGGGAAUGGUCUUUCUCUAUUUCUUGCGUAUUGGGGAGGAGAGUGAAGGAUUUAAGAUGCAUCGUCUUCCUUACGUCAAUGCAGAAUUUUCUGCAAUAAAUGGCGAAGCUACGAAUAUGUAUGGACAGGCAUAUCCAUACACCGCAUACCCUUAUGGUGUACCGAGGGUUUAG